AUGACUCAUGAUGAGCCCAGGGCAAGAAGUAUGAGUAGGCCUCGAUUUGACUUUUGGAAUCUCGCUACGACGACAUCUGGUUUGCGAAUAUUUCAAUCGACUUGGCUCGUCUAUGUGCUCUGUUCUGAUCGGCAGUUGUCGGCCUCGCCAUUUAUCUCACCGACAUAUGGCAGCGAUUGA